AUGGCAAGCCCGCAGCCAAUUACGUCUAGCUCUGCCAUGCCAGGCGCGCAGCAGACGUCGGCCCCCUCACAAACAGCAUCUUCCUUCUUUACAGAGAUCAAAAGUGUCAAGCCUCCUCCUCUCACAACGCAGCUCACAAUGGCCGAGUCCUGUUCAUUGCGCUUCGUUCGGCUUAAUGUUACGACCUCGACAAUGACACAGCUUGGUCCCGACAUCUUUUACAGUAGAGGCAACGGGUACUAUUCCACACACACACAAACCCACACAUGGACGGAAUUUAUUUCCGACACUGCGGCGCCGUUCUUCUCAUCAUGCCAGGCAUCCGGAUGGGACAUAGACAAGAUGACAUUUAGCCCGGGCCUCUGUCCUAGUGGCUGGACAUAUCAUUACAUGAGUGCUUACACGGAUUACUAUAAGCCUGAGCCACCCACAUCUACGGCCAUAUGUUGUGCUCCAUCGUUCGAUCCAACGCAGAUGUCUCCAUAUACCGCUUCAACUUGCGUCAGUUUUAGUAGCGACUACUAUGAGGGCCACUCCAGCCUCUUCUACCACACACCAUAUGUUGUUCAGUGGCAGCAAACAGACCUGUCCAAGAUGGCUAUAUCUCUACCCGACCUGGAUCAUAAUCGCCAUGUUACAACCUGGGUACCAGGCCGCACACUGGAGGCCUGGGAAGGAUACCUAGAUCGCCCAGAUAUUGGCGAAAUGUCAGUUAGCCUGAUACUCCUGAUCCUCCUUCCCAUUCUCGGUUUCUUUAUUAUUCUGGGUAUCAUAAUCUGGUGUGCGCUGCACUCGCGCAAGAAGCGCAAGCUGGAAAAUGCAAAACACGAACUCGCAGAAUUGUCGCCUGUUACAGAUGCCGCGAGCCAGCAAUCCUUGGAAGCUGGAUCAGAGUCGCGCGCCAGUGACGCGCAAGCGGCGCCAGUAGCAGAGACUAGCAGUACGGCUUCAGCUACUGCUGCUGCUUCUGCGUCUGCUACCGCUGCUUCUACUACUGCUGCUUCUACUACUGCUGCUUCUACUACUGCUGCUCCUGAUGUCCCUGUCCCCUUGGCAGCUGGACCAGAGUCUCGUGCCAGCGACGCACAAGCAGCGCCAGCAGAAGGGACUAACGGUGCGGCUUCAGCUACUGCUGCCGAUGACCCUACCGAUGCCUCUACCUCUACUACUACUGCCGCUCCUGAUGUCGCUGUCCCUACUACGGUUGCUGCUGCUGAUGCUGCGAGUACCCCUACAGCAGAGCCGCAUCCGCCACCAACUACCUCAACUCCGACUCCAAUCUGA